UUUUUUUUUUUUUUUUUUUUUUUUUUUUUUUGUAACUGCAUGGACUGCCCCACUAAUUUAUUUUUUAGUCACCUUCAGCAUACCUGAGCAGGAAGUGACAGAAGGGUCACAUUUAGUGUCUUAGGCUUCUUCACAGGUACUGUCAACACACCAAAACAUUUGAGCCAAUUAGAGAUUUAGGUUUAGAUAACGAUGCAUCUGCUCUCUGAACAAUCCAUUUCUUCUGGAAACGUGUAAUAACCUUAACUUGGUUUAACAGUCCCUUAUCUGGGUUGGACCCUGCAACUUCAUAAACAAGCACCAAACUUCUGCUGGAGCAAUAACGAAGAAACCAUUGUACUUGCAGAGAGCUGAGAUGUAACAGCAAAAUGGUCAAACUCCUGCUCCUGCUGCGGGUAAAACUGUUUCCCUGUACACCACAGUCCUUCCAUUCAAUCUGCUUUGCACCUUUCGUGAUUCAAGGGUUUACAUUUUAAGCUAGAAGAGAGCAUCCAAAGGAGGGCAACAAACGCUGAAGGGCAUUGAGGGAAGCUGUACGAGGAGCUGCUGAGGUCGCUUGGUCUGUUCAUCCUGGAGGAGACUGUGGGGAGACCUCACUGCAGUUACAACUUCCUCAUAAGGAGAAGAGGAGGAGCAGAUCUCUUCUCUGUGGUGCCCAGUGACAGAACCCAAGGGAAUGACCUGAAGUUGUGUUAGGGGAGUUUUAGGUUGGAUAUUAGAAAAAGGUUCUUUCUUCACCCAGAGCGCGGUUGGGCUGGAACAGACUCCCCAGGGCAGUGGUCAAAGCACCAAGCCUGACAGAGUUUAAGAAGUGUUUGGACAAUGCUCUUAAGUGGAUUGUGUGACUUUUGUGGAUGGUCCUACGCGGGGCCAGGAGUUGGAUUCAAUGGUCCUUGUGCAUCCCUUCCAACUCAGCUUCUGUGAUUCUGUGACUUAGGGGAAAAAACUCCAACUCUCAAAAAAGCCUCCUAAAGCUUCCUAGCAGUCAAGCAUCAGGGUUUUGGGUUUGUGAGUUGUUUCAUUGUUCAUAUAUUUUAGCCCUUGGUGUAACUGUUCUACCAAGACAUCUUAAAUAGUUCCACUUGGCUAAUAUAAGAGGUGACAUUGUUGCCAGUGUUUGUAGGCAAAAAAUUCUUGCUGAAAAAUAUUUACAUCUCAUUUUUUCAAGGCUGCUUUUUUGUUCCUUUUAAUUUCCACCUGUAAUAAUACAUUUUUAAGGGUAGGAUGGAAUGGUGGGUUCUAGAGACUUUCAUAUUGAAACAGAAUGAAACAAAAUUGGCGCUGAUCCACAUGUGAUGUUGUUGUUGGAAGGACUAAUGAUAGGGAUAGGUAUAAUGAGUGAAGAUGGACAAGGGGUCAGGUAUAGACUUGCAAAAUGACAUAGUGGGAACAAGGGCAGCACUUUAAUUUUGGGUUUUGUGUGUGGAAACAUCACUGUGUAACGUGUAACUCUGUGAAUCAGAGAGGCUAGAGAGGUACAUAAGGUUACCUUAGUUUUAAGGUUAGCAAGUCCUUUGCCUGGUUUUGUUACCAAGGUAGCAGUGUGAUUUCCUGCUGCUCCAGCAGGGACAGUACCUGGGCAAUGGUCUGCAGACUACAGGAGUGAAGUGUCAUGCAUCCAAGGGCUGGAUUCUAUCGGGACAGUUCACAAAGAUUGUCAGGGCGCCAAGGAAAUGUAUGUCAGUCGUUGGUCGCCUUUGCACUGUUCUAGGUCUUUCACCCCUGGGAGGAGCACGCUCAACUGGGUUUUGCCCUAAUCCACGGUUCUGCUUAGGGGUCUGUCUCUGGAUUUAUGGCGUUUGGACUACUUUUGUUUUCCAAAAGCUGUGUCUGAAAGUGGCCGGGGACCUGCAGCGCUGGAGUUCCCCUUGUGCUCUGGAGCUGCCCGAGGCGGCGAUGGAUGUAGUGGCUGUGCCCAGCCCCGGUGCUGGCAGCGGCACGACGGGGAUCGCCACUGCCCCGCAAACGCGCCCACCCCGCCGCCUCUCCUGGCUGCCUUCGCGAUCCCUGCAGCACGGCGAGCCCCGGCCGCCCGUCCCCCGUCCCAGAGUCAUCCCGAGGCACGCCUUCCCGCCGGACUGCCCCCGACACCCCGGAGGGGCUCUGCAGCUCUCCCGAGCCAAGCCGCGGAGCUGUCCCGGUGCCCGCCCGCGGCGGCCGCGGGGCGGGGGCGGGCGGAGGGGCCGCCCCUCCGCGGGAGCGGGGCUAUAAGGACAGCGCGGCGCGGGGCGCAGCAGCGCCAUGGGGAACCGCGUCACCCGCGGGGACUUCGAGUGGGUCUACACGGAGCAGCCCCACACGCAGCGCAGGAAGGAGAUCCUGGCAAAGUAUCCAGAGAUCAAGACUCUGAUGGGACCAGAUCCAUAUUUAAAGUGGAUUGUAUCUGGAAUGGUUUUCAUGCAGCUGCUGGCAUGCUACUUGGUGAAAGACUUAUCUUGGAAAUGGAUUUUUUUCUGGGCUUAUGCUUUUGGGGGCUGCAUCAACCAUUCCCUGACCCUUGCCAUCCAUGAUAUUUCACACAACGUGGCCUUUGGGAACAAGCAGGCCAAGUGGAACCGGUGGUUUGCAGUCUUUGCCAACCUGCCCAUUGGUAUCCCCUAUUCUGCCUCCUUCAAGAAGUACCACAUUGACCAUCACAGGUACCUGGGAGGGGACAGCUUGGAUGUGGACAUUCCCACAGACUUUGAGGGCUGGUUUUUCUGCACGCCGCUUCGGAAGCUGCUGUGGCUGUUCCUCCAACCUCUGUUCUACAGUCUGAGGCCACUGUAUGUGAACCCCAAAGCAAUUACACGGAUGGAAAUUCUUAAUGCUCUCGUCCAGUUUUCUAUAGACCUCGUCAUUUACUACCUGUGGGGGCUCAAACCUGUUAUUUACUUAAUAGCAGGUACUAUUCUUUGCUUGGGAUUUCAUCCCAUUUCUGGGCACUUCAUAGCAGAACACUACAUGUUCCUAAAAGGGUAUGAGACAUACUCUUAUUACGGACCUCUGAACUGGCUCACCUUCAAUGUAGGCUACCACAUGGAGCACCAUGACUUCCCCAGCAUUCCUGGAUGCAGAUUGCCCAUGGUGAAGAAGAUUGCAGCAGAAUAUUAUGAUAACCUCCCACAUCACCAGUCCUGGAUUCGAGUUCUGUGGGACUUUGUUUUUGAUGACACUCUUGGUCCUUAUUCAAGGGUUAAGAGACUGUGCAAGCUGGCAAAGGAAAGCUAACGGGGCAGCUCUGCCUGCUGCAGUGGAGUGUGUUUGUUCAUUCCCAUGACUUCAGUUUUCUGCAGAAAUAGAAGGAUCUUCAUGUGUGCUGAAUUAAAGUUGGUGCAUGCUGCUUAUGCCAAGAGGACGAGUGUGAAAAUGAAGUUAUCUAAAAUUUUAGACAACUGAUACUUUUUAAUAAAGGAUAUUUGUAUAUUCAACCCUCAGAACCUAGAUUAGAGUGAACUAUGAUUAGGUGAACCUUUGGUCUAGGCUUAGAAUUAACUUCCUGGGGCACAAGUGCCCAAACCUAAGUUUUAGCUUUGUCUGUGGGUGGAAUGUUUGCUGUGUGUUAUAUCUGAGCAUGUGUAUGUGUAGUUCAUGUAUGUUUCUCUUGAUGCCAGAUUGGAAGUAGAUGCUCUGUGUGCACAGGACUGUGGAAGCAGGGAAGACUGGCAUGCAGAAGUAAAUGAUACUCUCUGGAGAACACAAAGGUGCUUUUAGCUCAAUGUCUUGUCUAACCUAGUAUCUUCUGAUAAUUGCUAAUAGCAGAAUUUUUAUAUAUGCAAUGGAAUAUGUUUAUAUUUUUGUACGUCUGUAACAUUAUUUCAGUAGCUGCUGUUUGAUCUUUAUUCCAGAACUUUGUCUAAACCUUUUCUGAAAGAAUUUCCAUUCUUAUAAUACUAUUGCUAACUGACAGAUCUGAAAUGUGGCAAGGAAAAGUCCUGUUUUUAGUGCUCCACCUACUUCCUGAUCAGCAGCAUGGAUGUGCCUCUGAGGAACUGGGUGGUCCUUCCUCACUCACCUUUUCAACAGUACUCAUAACUUCAUGUAUCUUACCCUUUUCCCUACUGUAAGUCCUCUGGGGAAAGGAUAGGUUCUAGUUUUAAUUUUUCCUUGCCAAAACUAUUAGCAUUCCUGAUCACCUUGCUUAGUCUCCUCUAUAUUACACCCCUUUCUGUGCAUGGGACUUAGGAGUACGUGCCAGUGAAGACAUGGAGAUGUCUUCAUCUUCAUGGUGGUAUUUGUUCCUAACUUCUUUCAGAAUAAUGGCAGUUCUUUUCCUCUGUCAUUCAAGGGGCACAACUUGACAUUUGGGAAGCACAUAUAUAAAAUUGCCACUGGUGGUGUUAAGGGGAUGUCCCUGGAACAUGGAGAUGGGGUCAUUUCUCUCUAUGUAUCUCUUGCUUGGUGCUAUUGACAUUAACUUUCAUCUCUCAUUUCCACCUACUGGCAUACUAAAAUCUUCCUGCCUGUCCUCUCCUCUUCUGGCUAUCUUCAAUAAUUUUGUAUCAUCAAAAACCUUAAUCAACAUAACCUUUUUCCAAGCAGCACAAUAUUUUGGGAGUCAGGAAUUCAGAUGCCAUCUAGUAAAUUCCCUCUACCACGAAAAGCUGGCAAAAUAUUUUUGUUCUUAUAAAGUGGUUAAAAGAGAAAUUAUAUAUAAAAAAUUUCUGUAGCCCUCUAACAGUUUGGGUUUUUUCUUCUGGAAAUCCAUGGCUGUAACAAAGAAAAAUAUUAUUGUGCAGCCACAUUAGUCCCUCAGAGUAUGUGAUUAGACCUGGGAAGCCUGAUUUCCUCACUAAACAUGAUUUUGUUCCUUCCCUCAGCAGCACUGGAUCCAGUGAGCCAGUCUGUCUGUUCACUAGGCAGCUGAGCAGGGUUUCUCCUGCAGCAAUUUGGGCUCCACCUUCACUUCCCCAUUCUCCAUUUUUCUCACCUAUGUGAUUUUGGCACUUGGGUAAAUAAAUACCCAGGAUUGCUCAGCAGAUCAAGAUCCUUUGUAAUACAGGAGCUGAAAAUUAUUCACCAGUACUGUUUUGUGCUUUUGGAUAAGAAGAACAAGAAUGAGGCUUCUUCCAGCACUUCAGCCUUUACUGAUUCCUUAGUGAUGAACACACCUAAGACAUUAUAUCUUAAUUAUUAAAGCUGCCUUUCAAGCCUUCAGCCUUUACUGAUUCCUCAGUGAUGAACAUACCUAAGACAUUAUAAUUAUUAAAGCUGCUUUCCUCUGGUGUAGGAACUUCCAUUACCUUUGUAUCAGUGCUCAUGUCAGGGAAUUUCAGUUUUUUAUUAAUUUACUUCAGAUUUGCUGGCACUCUGAUCACAUAUUCAAUUUCCUUUGUCUUUAGCAGCUGUUCCUCACCUCUCUUGUCCAACUUAAUAAGUUAAUAUAAAAACCACAAUAAAGAUUAUGCCAUUUUCCUCAA